UUGUACACAGCGAACCCUGCGAAGGGAAUUGUAUACCUGGAGCAUUUCACGUAUUUGCGCGUGUACUAUUUAUUUUUCAGUACUGAAAUUGCAGCACUACUAUGCAGGAUACAAGUUUAACAUCGGUAUUACAUCAAUUCAAAGGGAAAAUGUCAGAAUCAUGUAGGAAAGUGAACAAAAACGUGUCGUAAUGGCACAGCUACCAACACUUUGUAUGGUCAAUUAUGACCAAGAAGAACCGCCAGGUUUUCGGUACCGCUUGCCGCCGGAUCUCGGGCGUCGACGCCGUGGGAAUCCCGAUCCUUCGUCGCGGCACGCCUUCUCUUCUCUUCCCAACUCGCCGAGAUGUGCUCGAACACGUAGCGCCCAAGCAGGCCAGGGGCAUUCGUCUGCACUUCCCCCUGGCCAGAGACAGGGCCUGCUCACCUCCAAAGAUGACUCCUAUGCAACUCAGAUAAAAAACAGCUCUUCCUUGCCGCUCGCCUAUCGGGAGAGACGCCGAUCCCAGAGCCAAGAUGCCCUCCCACUUAUCUUCUCCGAAGCUUUCAACUCAAGUACACCUUACAACAGCACAGCGGAUCCGCUGAGCCGGGAGGCACGGCGGGUCAAAGUGAACCCUUCUUAUACCCAGCUACCACCUCUGAAGACCAUGGGGGAGACCAGUCUCACCGCCAAUGCAGAACUACUAGAUGCUCCAAUAUGGAAUGAGUAUCUGCAAGCAUGGGUCUCUAGCUCACAGGGUACAGCCUUUGCCUACAUCAGCUUUGCAGGUGCAUUCUCUCUCCAUAACAGAGGCAUAUAUGACAUAAGGCCUGAAUUUGAGGAUGCCGCUGUAGGCCCAUGCCCUCGAUUCUUUGCCCACAUGCACCGGGUCCCUCAACCCAAGUCAGAGCUCAAAGAGGUUCGGAAAAGAGUUACCAAGAAGCCAGAGUUCUGGACGUGGAAAGGACGGACCCCAAUCUCUGUUCCUAAACCAAGACCCAAGAGAAAAGUGACCCCUCCUCACCUUUCUCCUCUACCCCCUCCUAACACCCAACCUACCCCACCCUCCGAUCAAACAGUGACCCCUACCCUGUCAGAGAAUAUGUCAUCCGUUGACCUUUCAUCUCAAGAAACGGACAGUGAUGAGCUGCUCCCAAUCCCUCCAGUUAAAUUUGAGGAGAGGAUAAAGGCUCCUAGCAUCGAUGAGUUUGAUAGCAGCGACUAUGGUUCUCUUUCCUCGGGAACAAGCACUCAAGUGAGAACGGAGUCUCACUCGCAUCAUUCUGCAAAAUCAGCAGUUUCGAGUGCACAUGCACCUGUAUGCAUGAUGUCACCGCCGUCCUCCAAUAGCAAUGGAGAUGUACAGAUCCUUGAGCACACAGUAGAGCUGACCACAGUGUCACCAGAGCCCACAGUCAACUGCUCAUGUUCUGCAGAAUCAUGUACAUGUAAAAUACAUGUCAAAACUCCCUUGGAUCUCCUACGGCUCUCCAGCCUGCCUCACACCCCUACCACAGUCGCCUGGGAUGAAGUCUUCAGUAUGGCCAGUGGAGAUGGCCAAUUUGAGGAAGAUGAUGAGGGUAAUAUCAUUAUUCCUGAUGCCGUUGAUGCUGCCAAUCUUCUCCCGCUUCACUUCAUGGUGGAUUAUAUAGAAGUGCUCCAACCUGAAGUAUAUGGUGAAGCUUUAUCGACCAGUGCAGGUGAACUUGCCAAUGUUGGGAUUAUCAGCAGUCUCAAGGUCAAAGUUGAUCGUCCACUGAAGAUUGAGAGACCCUGGAUACCCAAGGUUCAAGGCCUUGAUCGGAUCAAGAUUCAGAGCCCUCCUCCCGCUCCCAUUCCUACCCCCAAAGUACCUACCCCACCCCCUCCUAAAGAACCAACACCACCACCACCAACACCGACUCCUCCACCAAAGUCACCUACCCCACCCCCAAAGGAGCCUACACCUCCCCCUCCCAAGCCUAAACCCAAGCGUAAGGCAAUCGUCAAGAAGACCAAAGCAGUCCCACCACCCCCUCCACCAAAGACCCCCACCCCUCAACCUCCCACCCCCAAGCCACCAACCCCCAAAAUACCAACUCCUCAGCCACCCACCCCUACCCCAACACCCCCUAAAGACCCCACCCCUCCCCCUCCUUCACCGCCACCGAAAGUCACACUUGAGCUUCCUUCAUUACCGCCAGUGAUCUACCGAGAUCCAACGCCUCUUCCUCCGCCACUCCCGACUCUAGUCCCAAAAUCUCCUACUCCAGAGCCAACUCCAGAACCACCACCAGCUAUCCCUACGCCUGUCCCGCCCACUCCCACCCCUGUACCCCCUACGCCCUCACCGGAGGCCACAAGGAAGUCCCUUCCACCAGCUGAGAGGGAUCCGUCAUUCCUUGCUGAGAUGGAGAGACAGCGUCUGGCAGAGGUGCGCAGGAUGAAGGCUAUGGCAGCCUUCGACAGCUUGAAGAAUAAGAAGUUUGUGAUUAAGAAAAAGCCCAUCCCGGAGGAGCUGACUUUCAGAGAAUAUGGCUGGCUAGCCCAGUUCUGUAUACUCAAAGAGGAGAAAGUCAGAAUGUACAAGAUGGCAUUUGAUACGAUUGAUGAAGAUGAAGAUGGAUUCUUAAAUCCGUUUGAGACUUUGAUGGCAUUGAAAGGCAUCACUGGUUCUUCCAGUCUCUCAGAGAAAGAAGAGGCCUAUAUCUUGAGGGUUCUUGAUUUAGCAGACUACAAUAUGACACAUGGAACCGAUUUCAGAUUAUUCUCCAUUAUGGCUGCACUAUACCAAAGGAUAUCUUCAAUUGACAAAUUUGUGAAAAAUGUGAUUGAAAAGAUGGACCUCCAAACACUAGACUGGAAAAUAUUCCGUGCAAAGGAUUUGUUCAAUUGGUGCCUAGAUGAAAAGACAAGACAUUUCAAGAUGGACAGGCUGUUAAUAGAGCUUAGAGCAGGUGGAGUCAGUCUGGAACAUCAGCUAGAGUGUGAGGACAUACUGGGCCCCAAGGGUCCCAUGGACAUGCUAGACUUUCUCACGUACCUACCGCUUUUCAUCCUCAUGCAUGACUCCGUUGUUGACAAUCCUCUUGAUAUGUCCAUGGAUAAGUGAACGAUCAUGACAAAGUACUACUUUCGAACAUCAGCAAGAGUAUGAAGACACUUUGCCCAAAGUGUCCUAUGGACCUUUUAGAAUUUCUCAUGUAUCUUCUGCUUUUUGUGAGCGUGCAUGACUCUGUUCUUAAAAACUGUUUAGAUAUGACCGUGGAUAAGUGAUAGAGCCAAAUGUGGGAGUAGCAAGUCUGGGAUAUCAGCUAGAGUUUGAAGACAUCACUGGCCAGAAUUCCUUCAACAACCUGACUGCUUGACAUGUCUGUGGAUGACUUAGAGUGAUGGAUCUCCAAUGGUUAUGGAGCUGGUAUUGCGCUGAAUAUCCAUCUCUUAAAGGCCAUCUGUACUAGUUUGGCCAAGGGGUAGUUAUCUCAUCAGAUCAGCUCUCAAUUAACAUAAGAAAAAGGGGAUCACUGGGGACCAACAGGCACCGAUUAGACAUUGUUUGCUAUAUAGAGGGCGCAAGUAGCUACAAGUAGUGCCGUGGGGCUUUAAUGGAGAGACAGGGAUAGAGAUGAUUCUCUGGACAAGUGAUUCAUUGUCACAGGGUUAGUGAGGCCAUGAUCAACAACUACUUUCCCUUCAUGAAGCAUCCCUGUACCACUGGAGAGACUGGGAUGGAGAUGAUUCUCUGGACAAGUGAUUCAUUGUCACAGGGUUGGUGAGGCCAUGAUCAACCUCUGGUUUCCCCUUCAUGAAGCAUCCCUGUACUAAUGGAGAGAUGAGGAUGGAGAUGAUUCUCUGGACGAGUGAUUCAUUGUCACAGGGUUGGUGAGGCCAUGAUCAACCACUGGUUUCCCUUCAUGGAGCGCCCUUGUACUAAUGGAGAGACGGGGAUGGAGAUCAUUCUCUGUGCAAGUGAUUCAUUGUCACAGAGUUGGUGAGGCCAUGAUCAACAACUGGUUUCCCUUCAUGGAGCAUCCCUGUACCAUUGGAGAGAUCAGGAUGGACAAAAGCAAUGCAAUCAUGUUUUUUUUUUAUCAUGCGGAGGGGAGACUAUGGACCAAUGGUACUAAUACCAAUGCUCUUCUUAGAAAA